CCGUCGCUCGGUGCGAUGCCGGGGGAGGCGGUGACGGUGCAGCUCGGGCACUACUCGGGCUGUGUGGGCGCGCACUGGUGGGGGCUGCAGGCCGCCGCGCUGCGCGGCCCCGCCGAGCCCGCCGAGCUCCGCGCGGCCGCGCUGCUCCGGCCCGGGCGGGGGCCCGGCGGCACCGAGACCCCCUCGCCGCGGCUCGUGGCGCUGGAGCUGAAAGGCGGCGUGGGCGCGCUGAGACCCGACGGGGUGAGCGCGGAGGCUCCGGUGCCCUGGGACGGGGCCGUGGCCGAUUACCGGGACGCGCCGCGGGACAGCGGGAACCGCGCGGGAGACGCUGCCUGUGACAGGAAGGGGGGUCCCGGCGCUGCGGUGCCAGCAGGAGCAGCUCCCACAGGGUCCCAGGACCCCCCCUCGGUGAGGCUCUGGUCCGAUUACCUCAACGUGCCCCUGCACCCCCGGAGCGUCCACGUGAUCCGGCAGUACCUGCACGAUGGGGAUUGUGGUUGUCUGGAAGCCUUUGCACAAGGGGAAAGUCUCCUGCAGGACCCCGCCUGCGUGGAGGAGCUGGAGGAUCGGCUGCACUUCUUUGUUGAGGAGUGUGAUUACCUGCAGGGGUUCCAGGUCCUCUGUGACCUCCACAACGGGUUCUCGGGGGUUGGUGCCAAGGUGACAGAGCUGCUCCACGACGAGUACUCGGGGAAGGGAAUCCUCUCCUGGGGCCUCACUCCGGCCACGAGUGACGUGGGGGAUCCCCAGAGCAGUUUUUACAGGCUGCUGAACACGGCCCUUGGCAUCGUCCACCUCUCCCAGCACAGCUCCCUCUUCUGCCCUCUGUCCCUCAGCGGGAGUUUGGGAAUCAGGCCACGGCCUCCUGUGACAUUUCCAUACAUAAAAUACGAUGCAUCCCUGAACUACCACAGCAGUGCAAUUCUGGCAGCAGCACUCGACACCCUCACGGUUCCCUACCGGCUCUGGUCGGCCCAGGGCUCCAUGGUGCACUUUGCUGACUCCCUCACCUUCUCUGGGAGGAAGGUUGUGGCUGCGUGGGCGUCUCUCCCUUUCCCUGCCUUUCCCGGCUCCUCGCUCCCAGAGAUUUUAAGUGCCCACCAGCAGGACGUGCCCUGGAAGCUCCUCCUGUCCUCCUGGAGGGAGCAAAAGGUCAGCUGCUGUUUUGCUCAGUCUGUUGUGCUCCGAGGAGUUUGCAAAGAAAGGCCCAGCAGCAGCUCCCUGGGCCAGCAGCCCCGGACGCCCCUGCAGGGCUGUGAGAGCCCUGAGGAGAUGCUCCAGCACUACCUCCACACCCACUUCCCAGGCUCCUUCAGCACAGCCCACGUGCUCCAGCAGCCCUGCGACACCCGACCUCCCUUCCCCCAGUUCUUCUCUCCUCUCCUGACCAGACAAGGCUUCCUCCAGGACAAAGCUCCGGGUCCCUCCUCGGCAGGGCCCAACAGAGCUGUGCAGAGCAUCCCCGUGCUGGCAGCCCUGCAGGCCUCCCCUGUCCUGCACCAGCUGCUCUCGGGCCUCUGGCGGGACCUGCGGGCGCGGAACGUGCGGCGCUGGAGCAGCUUCUUCACGGCCGGGCUGGAACAGGACGACUUCCAGCAGGCCCUGGAGGAGCUGAAGACUCUGUCCCAGUGCUAUGAAACGGGGUUUGGGGGGGAUGGCUCCGAGGAUGAGGCGGAUUCAGACUAACCCACCUUUAUUCCCGGGGACAGAGGGAGUGGGAGCCUCUUUAAGGUCACUUUGGGAAUCAAGGGAAUGGCUCUGGGGACGCUCCAGCUGCUGCUUCCUUCUCAUUUCACCAAAAUCCCCUUACAAAGGCUGGUUUAACUUCUCCAGCUACUCACAGCUGUGUUGUAGAGGGGGAAAGCUGCUUUUGGGGGGGCUGUUUUUGUAUGUUUGGGGUUGUUCGUUUGUUUGGUUGUUUUUUUAUAACUGUGCAAAGUGGAUUUGCUCUGCCCCAUUCAAAUAAACCCACACAAUAAAUAAGAGAGCUCAGACUGUAACUUUCUCACAUACAAUCAACACAAGGGGAGAACUUAGAAAAAGUCCUGUGUUCUUUCCACGAGAAAACUGACAUCUUAGGGUACAAUAUUUACACGUUCUGGUCCAAAGCUGCUGUGCCCAACCUUCCCCCCAGGCCAGGCGAGUGUCCCCGAGCCCCAGCCCUGCUGUUUCUCUGCUGAAGCUCCCCAGGGAGGUUCUGGAGAACAUUCUCACCCCGACACCUCGCUUGGUGCCUCCAGUUUGGUGCAGGCUGGCAGUGCAGCUCAUCAGAAGUGGAGCAGGAAAGUGAACAAAAACCCGGGAAGGUGCCGUCUUAAUACCUGUGCAAACGUUUUCCCACAGCACCUGUCUAGCAGCAAACUGGCAAAAAACAAACAAACUUCUUCUGGGGCAAGUCAGUAGUUUAUCACCUCAGUCAUCAGGUUCUUCCUCAGAGAGCAGGAGAUCUUUAUCUGACAGCUGGUCCGUGUUGCUGGUACUUGUUGCAUCCUCCUCAUCCUCGGAGCUCCCGUCGCAGGACGUGUGGAAGAGCCUCAUCAGCUCCCUGAACCUGUGGGACACCUGAGGAACGAGGGGAAUCCAACGUGAGCAGUGGCCUGAGAGGUGUCACAGAACUGGGAUUCCCUGUUUCAAAGCUCGGGGUGUUUUGUAAUGUUUUAAAAUAUAUAUAUAUCUAUAAAUACCACAGAGACAUUUCAUACGAGGUUCGGUCAUAAAGGAAAA